UGAGGCCUUAGCGGCUGUACUGUGGUGAGGCGUGAGGAAUAUCGUGAACGAUGAAUUGGGAACCUCCAAACGAACCGAGAAUCAUUGUCGAAGACUGCGCUACCUCACAUCAGAGUCGGGAUCUGUGGUGUUCAUGCUUGAGGUGACCUACUAUUGGAUAGCCUGUAUAUGGUAGACGGGGUCAUGAUAUUCUCCUAAUAUCAGACGCAUAGAGCCAUACGACACCACCGGUUACAAGCUUCCAUACUCCACGCCUCGCCAUGUGGGACGGUCUCUUUAUGCUGCUCAGCUUGAGCAUCGUGAUGGCGAUCGCCUCAUUCGGUGCCGGCUCCCUCCCACUCGCGCUCAGCCUCUCCCCUCAACAACUACGGAUGAUCACAGCCCUAGGCACAGGCGUCCUCGUCGGCACCGCACUAAUCGUCAUCAUCCCAGAAGGUGUCGAAACACUGUACUCCGCCCAGCCAUCCGAGUCCCACGCCCACGCCGAGUCCGAAGAACUCGAGCACGAUGCGCACACCUCGCAUAAAGAACCCCACGCCUGGGUCGGCAUCAUGCUCGUCCUGGGCUUCAUACUCAUGUAUCUGAUCGAUGUGCUCCCAGAUGCCCUCUCACCUUCGCGUGAUCUCUAUCAACCGCUCCAUAUCUCUCUCUCAAACCUCUCCCGUGGCCUUCACCGCGCCGACUCACCAACAUCCGAAACACCUCCUGAAUCAGAGCCACCCGCGUCCAAGAGCACCGCGACAUCAAUCGGCCUGAUCAUUCAUGCGAUUGCCGACGGUAUCGCGCUCGGUGCCUCUAGCACCACCCCUUCAACGUCUCUAUCCUUUAUCGUCUUCAUCGCAAUAAUGCUACACAAAGCGCCGGCGAGUUUCGGGCUUACGAGCGUGUUGCUGAAACAAGGCGUGUCGAAAAGACUCGCGCGAACACAUUUGGCCGUGUUUGCGCUGGCGGCGCCCACAGGCGCGAUAGGGACGUGGAUUGCGGUGCACAUGCUCGGGGGAGGCGACAGUAUAGGAGACGAGGGCAGCAUGGUGUUUAGUACGGGAUGCGUGCUGAUAUUCUCCGGGGGAACGUUUCUAUACGUCGCCAUGCACGCAAUGCAGGAAUCCAACUCACCGCAUGGCCACCACGACACAAACGGAUACGGGGACUCGUACGGCGCACGGCAGCAUUCGAACCACGCGCCCAAGAAGCAAACAGCAACAGAGGUGGCGGUGAUGGUUGCCGGAAUGCUCGUCCCUCUGCUAACACAAUUCGGACACGCGCAUUGAGUAAACAUAUUCUUGUCGACAUUGUAUGUAAAGUCAACACCAUCAGUCUGGGUACGCCCGAUCCAGCGCGGCGUUAGGAGUGGCUAGAGGUUUAUACUGUAUUUGGGUGCGAUCUCCGGUAUCUAUAUAUGUCCUGUCUGUACAAAUUUGAGCUUGGACCAAUAUAGUGAACAGUGUAUAGUGAAUAGGAACACCAACA